CGAAGCAUUUUAUACAGUAUUUACGUUGUGAAACGCGUCUUUUUUUGGAAGAUAAUCGCACAGAAUUAUGGCAAUGCCCGGUAAAAUUAGCGCUUAUCAGAGAUUAAUGUUGAGAAUUGCUUCAAUCCUGCCUGAAAAAUUCCGCGCCACGUUUUUGCAUCCUGCAGGACCAACUACUGUAUUUUUCUGGGCACCGACGUUUAAAUGGGGUCUGGUAAUAGCGGGCAUAGGAGACAUUAAUCGACCUGCGGACACGAUCUCUCUCAAUCACACUGCGAGUCUUAUGAUUACAGGCGCUAUAUGGUCUAGGUAUGAAUUUUAUCAAUUAUCAAUUUAAUUACUCUCUCUUAACUCGUCCGUAUCUGCACACUUUUAGAUAUUCGCUGGUAAUAAUACCCAAGAAUUAUAACCUGUUUAGCGUUAACUUGUUCACUUGCGGCACGGGGGCAUAUAAU